CUGAGGAGGGGCUGCUCUGACUUUGUCUUGGCCCACCAUGAGGUUCUUCCUGCUUUGUGCCUACAUGCUGCUCCUGAUGAUUUCCCAGUUGAGGGCGGUCAGCUUUCCCGAAGACGAUGAGCCCCUUAAUACUGUUGACUAUCACUAUUCAAGGCAAUAUCCGAUUUUUAGAGGACGCCCUUCAGGCAAUGAAUCGCAGCACAGGCUGGACUUUCAGCUGAUGUUGAAAAUUCAAGACACACUUUAUAUUGCUGGCAGGGAUCAAGUUUACACGGUAAAUUUAAAUGAAAUCCCCAAAACGGAAGUCAUACCAAGCAAGAAGCUGACAUGGCGGUCAAGACAACAGGAUCGAGAAAACUGUGCUAUGAAAGGCAAGCAUAAAGAUGAAUGCCACAACUUUAUUAAAGUAUUUGUUCCAAGAAACGAUGAGAUGGUUUUUGUUUGUGGUACCAAUGCGUUUAAUCCCAUGUGUAGAUACUAUAGGUUGAAUACCUUAGAGUAUGAUGGGGAAGAAAUUAGUGGCCUGGCAAGAUGCCCAUUUGAUGCCAGACAAACCAAUGUUGCCCUUUUUGCUGAUGGGAAGCUGUAUUCUGCCACAGUGGCUGACUUCUUGGCCAGUGAUGCUGUUAUUUAUCGAAGCAUGGGCGAUGGAUCUGCCCUUCGUACAAUAAAAUAUGAUUCCAAGUGGAUAAAAGAGCCACAUUUUCUUCAUGCCAUAGAAUAUGGAAACUAUGUCUAUUUCUUCUUUCGAGAAAUUGCAGUGGAACACAAUAAUUUAGGCAAGGCUGUAUAUUCCCGUGUGGCCCGCAUAUGUAAAAACGACAUGGGUGGCUCCCAGCGGGUCCUAGAGAAACACUGGACUUCAUUUCUGAAGGCUCGGCUUAACUGUUCUGUCCCUGGAGAUUCGUUUUUCUACUUUGAUGUCCUGCAGUCCAUUACAGACAUAAUACAAAUCAAUGGCAUCCCCACUGUGGUCGGGGUGUUCACCACCCAGCUCAACAGCAUUCCUGGUUCUGCAGUCUGUGCAUUCAGCAUGGACGACAUUGAAAAAGUAUUCAAGGGACGGUUUAAAGAACAGAAAACUCCGGAUUCUGUGUGGACAGCAGUCCCUGAGGACAAAGUACCAAAGCCAAGGCCUGGGUGUUGUGCAAAGUAUGGCCUUGCAGAAGCGUAUAAAACCUCCAUCGAUUUCCCAGAUGAAACCCUGUCCUUCAUCAAAUCCCACCCCCUGAUGGACUCUGCCGUCCCACCCAUUGCAGAUGAGCCCUGGUUCACAAAGACUCGGAUCAGGUACAGACUGACGGCCAUCGCUGUUGACCAUUCUGCUGGACCCUACCAGAACUACACAGUCAUCUUUGUUGGCUCAGAAGCUGGCGUGGUACUUAAAGUUUUGGCAAAGACCAGUCCUUUCUCUUUGAAUGACAGCGUAUUACUGGAAGAGAUUGAAGCCUACAACCAUGCAAAGUGUAAUGCUGAGAAUGAGGAGGACAGAAAGGUCAUCUCAUUACAGUUGGAUAAAGAUCAUCAUGCUUUGUAUGUGGCAUUCUCCAGCUGCGUUGUUCGCAUCCCCCUCAGUCGCUGUGAGCGUUAUGGAUCAUGUAAAAAGUCUUGCAUUGCAUCUCGGGACCCGUACUGUGGCUGGUUAAGCCAAGGGGGCUGUGGUAGAGUGACCCCAGGGAUGCUCGCUGGAGGAUAUGAACAGGACACGGAAUACGGCCACACGGCCCAUCUAGGGGACUGCCAUGAAAUUUUGCCUACUUCAACUACACCAGAUUACAAAAUAUUUGGCGGUCCAACAUCUGACAUGGAGGUAUCUUCAUCUUCUGUUACCACAAUGGCAAGUAUCCCAGAAAUUACACCUAAAGUGAUUGAUACCUGGAGACCUAAACUGACGAGCUCCCGGAAAUUUGUAGUUCAAGAUGACCCAAACACUUCUGAUUUUACUGAUCCUUUAUCAGGUAUCCCAAAGGGUGUACGAUGGGAAGUCCAGUCUGGAGAGUCCAACCAGAUGGUCCACAUGAAUGUCCUCAUCACCUGUGUCUUUGCUGCUUUUGUGUUGGGUGCAUUCAUUGCAGGUGUAGCAGUAUACUGCUAUCGUGACAUGUUUGUUCGGAAAAACAGGAAGAUCCAUAAAGAUGCAGAAUCUGCCCAGUCAUGCACAGACUCCAGUGGAAGUUUUGCCAAACUGAAUGGUCUCUUUGACAGCCCGGUCAAGGAAUAUCAACAGAAUAUUGAUUCUCCCAAAUUGUAUAGUAACCUGCUGACCAGUCGGAAAGAGCUGCCACCGAAUGGAGAUACUAAAUCCAUGGUAAUGGACCAUCGAGGCCAACCUCCUGAGCUGGCUGCUCUCCCCACGCCUGAGUCUACGCCUGUGCUUCACCAGAAGACCCUGCAGGCCAUGAAGAGCCACUCAGACAAGGCCCAUGGCCAUGGGGCUUCAAGGAAAGAAACCCCCCAAUUUUUUCCUUCUAGUCCUCCACCCCAUUCCCCGUUAAGUCAUGGGCAUAUCCCCAGUGCCAUUGUUCUUCCUAAUGCUACCCAUGACUACAACACGUCUUUCUCAAACUCCAAUGCUCACAAAGCUGAAAAGAAGCUUCAAAACAUUGACCACCCUCUUACAAAGUCAUCCAGUAAAAGAGAUCACCGGCGUUCUGUGGAUUCCAGAAAUACCCUCAAUGAUCUCCUGAAGCAUCUAAAUGACCCAAAUAGUAACCCCAAAGCCAUCAUGGGAGAUAUCCAAAUGGCCCACCAGACCCUAAUGCUGGAUCCUGCGGGACCUAUGUCUGAGGUGCCACCCAAGGUCCCUAACCGGGAGGCAUCACUAUAUUCUCCUCCUUCAACUCUCCCCAGAAAUAGCCCAACCAAGCGAGUGGACGUCCCCACCACUCCUGGAGUCCCAAUGACUUCUCUGGAAAGACAAAGGGGUUAUCACAAAAAUUCUUCCCAGAGGCACUCUAUAUCUGCUAUGCCUAAAAACUUAAACUCACCAAAUGGUGUUUUGCUAUCUAGACAGCCUAGUGUGAACCGUGGGGGGUACAUGCCUACCCCCACAGGGGCGAAGGUGGACUACAUUCAGGGAACACCAGUGAGUGUUCAUCUGCAGCCUUCCCUCUCCAGACAGAGCAGCUACACCAGUAAUGGCACCCUUCCUAGGACGGGACUAAAGAGGACACCGUCCUUAAAACCUGAUGUGCCACCAAAGCCUUCAUUUGUUCCUCAAACCACAUCUGUCAGACCACUGAACAAAUACACUUACUAGGCCCCAGUGUGCUAUUCCCUCUGUGGCUUUAUCCUGUCCGUGUUGCUGAGAGGAUGAUGUUGUAAGGGUACCUUAAGACAAGAGACUCGCUUGUAUUUUAAGAGAAGCAAGUGGCCAAAGAAACUCUUUCUAACUUUGGCAACAUCAGAACUUGCCACGUGUAGCUACUGCAGCAAGGCUUCUGUGUACUUGUCUGAAAACAAAGGAAGGUGCUGGUCAUUCCAUUUCUUUUGUUUGAAGCUAAAGUGAUGUGUAGCUCCAAGGGGCUAUCUCACCGGUAUAAAGAGCUGAUCCAGUACUCAGAAGAAUCUGUGAGCAAAUACUUGAAAAUGGGUUCAACUUAGACUGCCAUUAUAUGUGGUCUUCCCAUUAAAUGUGAACAUUUUAAUACGUAUGCAUUCACCUUGCCUCUUGCACAAAUGUCGAAAAACAACGGUAAUGUCUCAAAGAAACAAACUUGUAGAUUACCAAUUUGCUAAAAAUUCAGUCUUUGACCCAAACUGUAGCAUUUUUUUCAUGUGUGGCAUUUUUUUCAUGCCACCAACGAACUGUGUUGCCUGUGUAUGUGUGUGUGCGUGCGUGUGUGCGUGUGUGUUCUGUACCCACUAGGAUCUGUUUAGGUGCCCAUUGCAUCUUCUUGUGCUAUGGAGUUGUUUACA